AGGCAGGAGAAAGGAAAGGGAGAAGAGGGUUAAAGGUACAUGAGGGAGGAGAGCAAGAGGGAGAUACAAGGUGGAGAGAAGACUUCAGAAGGAGGGAGAACAGAGUGGAAAUGUGGAAGGGAAACAGCCCCGGGGGGAACCAGGGAGUAGCCAUGGAGGAAGAACUGGGGGGACAGGGGAACUGGGGUCUGGAAGAUGCCCCAGGCCUCUUGGCCAUGGCCUCCCUGCCCAUCAUGCCCACAUGGCCUUUGCCCCUGGUCUCCUCAGCCUUCACCCUGCUGCUCGGAGCCCUCACUUCCCUCUUCCUCUGGUACUGCUACUACUUAGGCUCCCAGGAUCUGCAGGCCCUGGCGGCUGGGAGUCGGGCUGGGGGUGUCAGUGGUGGGCCUGGGGGAUGCUCUGAGGUCGGCAGGCCAAGCCCAGGGAGCUCUGGGGAGGCUGGGAAAGGACCUAGGACAGAAGGACUAGUUAGCCGCCGCCUUCGGGCCUAUGCCAGGCGCUACUCCUGGGCAGGGAUGGGUAGGGUGAGGCGGGCAGCUCAGGGUGGCCUAGGCCCUGGAGGAGGGCCAGGGGUCCUGGGCAUUCAGCGCCCAGGCCUGCUUUUCCUGCCAAACUUGCCCUCUGUGCCCUUCGUGCCGCGGGAUGCCCAGCGACAUGAUGUGGAGCUUCUGGAAAGCAGCUUCCCUGCUAUUUUGCGGGACUUUGGGGCUGUGAGCUGGGAUUUCUCAGGAACUACCCCUCUGCCUCGGGGCUGGUCCCCACCACUGGCUCCAGGGUGCUACCAGCUCCUGCUGUACCAAGCAGGCCGGUGCCAGCCCAACAACUGCCGCCGGUGCCCUGGGGCCUAUCGGGCACUGAGGGGGCUGCGGAGCUUCAUGAGUGCCAACUCCUUCGGCAACGCUGGCUUUUCUGUCCUUCUUCCGGGGGCCCGGCUUGAAGGCCGCUGUGGACCCACCAAUGCCCGGGUCAGAUGCCAUCUGGGUCUGAAGAUCCCCCUUGGCUGUGAGCUGGUGGUUGGGGGUGAGCCCCAGUGCUGGGCUGAGGGACACUGUCUCCUGGUGGAUGACUCCUUCCUGCACACAGUGGCUCAUAAUGGCUCCCCUGAAGAUGGACCUCGAGUGGUCUUCAUCGUGGACCUUUGGCAUCCCAACGUGGCUGGAGCUGAGCGCCAGGCCCUCGACUUUGUCUUUGCACCAGACCCUUGAAGGAAGGUGUUGCCUUCACACAUCUGGGCUGGAGAUAUGCUGCACUCAGGGGUGGCUGCAUGGUUGCCAGGACCUCCUCUCCAAUGCAGGAGGCGGGAUGGGGCUGAGGGUGGGAACUUGCUAGUGAAACAUCGAAAUACAGAUCUUAAAUUUUCUUUUAA